AUGGCUGCAUUAAUAUGUGAGCAUGAUCUGCCAAUUAGAACUGUGGAGCACAUGCCAGCACUCAUUCAGGCCAUAUGUCCUGAUUCAAAUAUUGCAAAACAGAUCAAAUGUGGGCGCACAAAGUUAACAUCAAUUAUAAACCAUGUGGCAGGUGAGAUAAGCUCUGAUAUAUUGAUUAGAAAACUUCAGGUUUCAAAUUUUUCGCUGAUUGUUGAUAAAAGGUUACUUGUGAUGAAAUGUAUUUGCCACUCCUUUGCACUUUGUGCUUCAUAUGCUUGUGCAACAUUGCCUAAAGAUGUUGAAGAAUUGGCUCGUGCUGUGUUCUCAUACUUUAGUUGCAGUCCAAAGCGCAUUAGUGACCUAAAAGAAUUUCAGUCUUUUGUUAAUGUCAAACCACACAUAUUACUCCAUCCCAGUCAGACUCGAUGGUUAUUCCUACAUAUGGUAGUGCCCUGGCUGCUUGAGCAAUGGGAUGCUCUCAAGCUCUCAAUGAUAGACUCAUUGCGUGACACCAUACUACAAAGGCUUAAUAACCCUUUCACAAGGAUGUAUUUAGAAUUUCUUGACUUUGUUCUCCCAAUAUUCAGCACUCUUAAUCUGCAAAUACAAUCACAUAGUCCACAAAUUCACAAGCUAAAUAAAUCAGUGUUGCAGACCUUUAGAUCCCUGCUUGACUGCUACCUUAAAGAUGAUUAUCUGAGAAAAACUCCACUAAGCAGUAUAAAAUUUAAGGAUCCUAGUAACUUCAAGGACCUCUUCUCAAUCUAUCUGGGAGCUAAGGUAGGCAUGUCACUCCAUCAAGGGUAUAAUCUCCCCCCUCAAGAUGUGCAAAUAUUUCGGCAACGAUGUCAAAUAUUUCUCGUACAAGCAGCAACUCAAAUAUGCAAAAGGUUUCCAUUUCUAGAAGCUACUUUCCAGCAUCUGGAAGUAUUAGAUCCUGACGUGGUAAGAAUACAAAACGCAAAACUAGGAGAUGGAAAUCCAGUGUAUCCACAUUUAGUUUCCUUCAUGCUAAGGUUGCUCUGUUUGCCUCACUCAAGUGCUAGGGUUGAGAGAACGUUUUCAGACAUACACCGCAUGAACAGUACACUGAGAAAUAGACUCUCCACAAAAACUAUCACCGGUUUGUCACACACUAAGAGACUUGUGUCCGAUGCUAAUUGUCAUAGUUUUAAAAUAACAGAAGGACUAAGACAAGGGUUGAAUAGUGAUAUGUGCAAAAAAUCUUGUAUUGAUCAUAAGGGCACGGAAGAUGAUGAUGCCAGUGAUGAGGAUUAAAUAUUUUGCUUCCUAUUUAAUGAUUCUGGAAUCAAAUGAUUGCAUACUUUUUGUGGCUUAAAUGCGUGUUUAAUACUUCAAAUUUAAUGCUAUUGACCUACAGUUUGGGACCUCGCGAAUGUCAUUUUUGUUUAUUUCUUUCAGAUGAUACUUUUCAUGCUUGGUGAAGUAUAAUCCAUUUCAUUUAUGCAUUGUAACUACAUCAAAGUGUUUCUGUUUUGGUAACUUAGUAAUUUGAGUACCGGAAGAGGUUAAAACUAGAAAUUGUCUGCGGGAUUGCUAGCAUGAUUUACCUCUAAUUUUAUAUUAGGCUAUAUUUAUAUUUAUAUCUAGGCUAUCUAAAUACAUCCACAAUAGUUACACAC